AUGUUUAUUACCAGAAAAGUUGUUCUCAGCGCCAAUCCUCGGACUUAUCAGCCUUCCAUCACAUGUUUUUUCAGUACUGUAAUUAAGGGUGGCACGACACCCGAGAAGCUAAACCCAAAAGGCGGAACCCUAAAAGGGUCCCAGGGCGGGUACGGUGUUUCCGAGCCGAAACUAAACCCGAAAGGCGGAACCCUAGAAGGGUCCCAGGGCGGGUACGGUGUUUCUGAACCCUCUACCACCAUAAACAAGGCGGUAGAGAGCCCACAUGGCGGUGGGCCACACGAUCACCGUCAAGGGAAGGAUAAUGAUGACCCUGCCGGUGACGUGGCAAGGUUUGUGGCGGAGACCACCAAGGCAGGGUUCGUCGGGGCAAUAGAGACGGGGAUGAAGCUCGGUGACAUUGCGAAACGGACGGCUGACGACAUGUGGGACUCGGCAAGGAAGACCGCUCAGGACCUCCGGGACACGGUGGCGGCCGAGGAGAAGGAAGAUCGACCACGUGGCUUUUAG